AUGAGUCGCCAUUAUUCAGAUUCGGACGAUGAAUUUACUAAUCAUGGUCGACGAUCUGAUAGUGUUAUUGGAUCUGGAUGGCAAUCACCUCUUCAAACAUUAGCAGCAAAUCUUGCACCUAAAUUAUCUUCUUCAUCUGUCACACGUAUUGUUGUUGAAUCACCAUUUGGUUCAAAAAAAUGUGAUUAUUCUAUUGAUAAAUCUCAUCGUGGUCGUUUAAUUAUAACUGCACGUCGUCAAGCAAGUUCAUCAUCUGAUCCAUAUUCAUCUAGUAAUAAAAAAAAUGUUGCUGUCCAAAAAUUUACAAUACCAUACGACGCUGACGUUGAUCGUUUACAAUCUCAUGUCGAACGAAAUACAAAUCGUUUAAUUAUUGAAAUACCUCGUGACGAACGAUCGAAUACUCGUGUAAAUCGUUCAUCAUAUAUGAGUACAAAUAAUACUAAUACUCGUUUAUUACGUUCGCCAGAUGUUGAACGUAUGUUAACAUCACCAACGGGUGGUCCACAAUUAAUACGUGAUGAUACAAAAUCUAGUAAAUCAAAUUCUGGUAGUAAUCGUAAACUUGAAUAUCGUAUUGACUGUCGUGGUUAUACAGCUGAUGAAUUAGAUGUAUUUGUACGAGGUCGAGAUUUAAUUGUACAAGGUAAAACGAAUACAUCAAAAUCACCGGAUCCAACUCAACAACGUGUAUCAAAAAAAUUUACACGUAAAAUAACUCUGCCAAAUACAGUUGAUCUACCUAAAGUUGUUUCUUAUUUGGAACAUGGAGAAUUACGUAUUGAAGCACCAUUAAAACGUGGAGUUUAUUAUAGUGAUGAAGAAAUUAUUAUUCCUGGACCACCACCAAUACCAUCAGCAAAUCGUACAACAGCUGCAUUAAUAUCAAAUCUUGAUAAUCGUGCUCUAUCACCAUCAUCCUAUAGUCGUCCACAUUAUCGACGAAAUGAACGUGCUACUCGUCGUCGUGAUUAUGACCGUCCAAAUAAUCGACAAAUCACAUCACCAACAAGACGUGUACGUUCAACUGAAGGUCUUCGUUAUCCACUUUAUGUCUCACCUCGUGAACUUGAUGAAGCUGAUGAAAUUGAAGAGAAUAGAAAAGAACGUGAAAGUCGACAUCGACGAUCUGUAAAUUAUGAACGUCGUAGUGUUGAUCGAAAAGAAUCCGAACAACAACAACAAUCUCCACAUAGAUCAGUUUAUACACCUAUGCCUGAUAAAGUGAUAACUUCAUCAAUAAGUCGUCAUCAUAAUUAUCUGUCUGAUGAUGAUAAUUAUUUGAAAUUUUAA